CCAGGCCCAGUUCCACUUUCAUAACUUGUCAAAUUUUCUACACGGGAAACUAAAUUAGAGCAACAAUUCAAUGGAAACGACUGCGGUGGGAAUUGCAUGUUGUUUUCAGCUGCUGGGAGUUUGCUUUUUCUUCAGCCCGCCGGAGGAUCACUGCUCGCCGGCGCCUACCCUCGCCAGCUGGCUCUUCCUGCUGGCCACUCUCUGCUUCCUCUGGGACAUUUGCAUCUUUCCGGCCCGCUACAUGCACAUGUCCAGCAACUGGCAGCUGCUGAUCGAGACGGUGAUGGCGAUUUUCUUCGCUGAACUGGGCGCCAUCGUCGUUUGGUGUCCCGUGGAACGUGUGCUCUACGGCAUCACUGAAGAGCUCCUCAACAUGGUGGGGAUCAAUGGGUGCGAGCCCUCGCGAUGGCAGUACUGGCUGUUGGGUCUUCUCUCCACGGCGGUGAGUGGGGCGCUGCUCUGGUUCAUUCUCACGGCCAGCGACGGCAUGUACUACCUGAAGAGGUUCACCCGUAAUUUCAGGCGAAACCUGCGGCAGGCCUGGUCAAUGAUGAGCUGCUACCUCCGCAUGAGCAAGGCGGCCAGGUGUCGGGCCAUCAAAGUCUGCCAAUUGGCCACUCGGAAACGCUGUUCACGAAGGUCCUGCCGUCCACCGGCAGGGGAGGAGGAGGACGAGGACGAGAACGAGUGCGACGAGGACGAGGACUAUGAAUGUAACUGAGUUUCGUUUGGAAUUUACGUUUCCGUUCUUUGCCAGUCGUGACUGGGUUAGCAUUCCAUUCUCAUCUCUUUUUCUUCGUCCCUUUUACACGACUCUGACAAUAAAUUUUGGCCCGAGAAGAUGCAUUCCCGCCUCCUGUU